CAUGAAGGCAUCUGUUAGACGUACUAACGCGGGGUCCUUGGUGACACUCACAUUUCCACAAUGGCUGCCUGCAUAUCGGGGUUAUUAAAACCGUGGACACCGAGGGUGUUCUUGGUGAGAUGGAGCAGGUACAACCCCUACUACCUGGAGCCAGAGAUCAGGAAGGAGGCCUACGCCGUACCGGAGGCAGAGCUGACCGCUGAGGAGAAGGAGGAGCGACAGCUGAAGGCGCUCAGGCCCAUCAAGGCAGCACCCAACGCGGCCACGAGCUCGGUUUUCCACGACCCGAUCCUCAGUAAAUUCAUCAACAUGAUGAUGCGCAGUGGGAACAAGGUUCUGGCCAGAGAGAUCAUGACGCAGACUUUGGAGAGCAUCAAGAGGAAACAGGUGGAGAAAUACCAUAAAGCUCCAGAGGGGAAAAAGGAGGAGAUAGAGUGUAAUCCAUAUGCCAUCUUUAACCAGGCCAUUGAGAACUGCAAGCCUGUCAUCGGGCUGACCAGCAUACAGAAAGGUGGAAAAUACUACCAGGUGCCCAUUCCUCUCACUGACAACCGGCGGCGCUUCAUGGCUAUGAAAUGGAUAAUCAACGAGUGCAGGGAAAACAAGCACAGGCGCACACACAUGUAUGAAAAACUUUCACAGGAACUGCUGGCAGCCUUUGUCGAGGAGGGCAAUGUUAUCAAGAAGAAGUACGAGCUGCACAAGAUGGCCGAAGCCAACAGAGCUUACGCCCACUUCCGCUGGUGGUAGUCUCCUUCAGACCUCGGGUGUGAAGCGUCAAAGAAAACCCACAGGACUCCAGACA